GACAGAGAAUUCUUCACCAUAAAAGUAAUGUCCUGGAAACAGUGGUACUCAUCAACCCGUCAGACGAAGCAGUCAGUACUGAGGUUCGUCUGAUGAUCUCAGACACUGCCAGACACAAGCUGCUGGUUCUCUCAGGCCAAUGCCUUGAAAAGACAGGAGAGCUGAUUCUUCAGUCUGGAUCUUUCUCUUUCUCCAACUUCAUAGACAUAUUCACCGACCAAGAGAUUGGUGAAUUGCUCAGCACCAUUCACCCGGAGAACAAAGCUAUCCUUACACUCUUCUGCCCCGAACACGGCGACUGGAAAAACUCCAACUUGGACAAACACAACCUGCAGGAUUUCAUUAACAUGAAACUAAACUCCACUCUCAUACUCCCUGUAAUGGAGGGGCUCUCAGAAUUCACAGAGUAUUUGUCCGAGUCAGUAGAGAUCCCGUCUCCAUUCGACAUGUUAGAACCGCCGACCUCUGGUGGAUUCCUCAAACUCUCCAAACCGUGCUGUUACAUUUUCCCUGGCGGUCGCGGUGACUCGGCUCUCUUUGCUGUAAAUGGCUUCAACAUGCUCAUUAAUGGCGGCUCCGACAGGAAGUCGUGCUUCUGGAAACUGGUGAGACAUCUGGACCGGGUGGACUCCAUCCUCCUCACCCACAUCGGUGACGACAACCUGCCCGGCAUCAACAGUAUGCUGCAGAGGAAAAUUGUAGAGGCCGAGGAGGAACAGUCGCAGGGUUCCACAGCUAACAGUGACUGGGUGAAGAACAUGAUUUCCCCAGAUAUCGGCGUUGUGUUUGUGAAUCUCCCUGAGAGCCUGGAUAACCCUGCACCUAAUUAUAGAGUGCGGAGGAACGUCGAGGAGGCGGCGUCGACCCAACAGUUCCUCACCAAGCUAAAUUUGAGAAUAGAGCCUUUGCAAAGUCCUGUUGGAAACACAAUAGAACCGAUCAUACUGUUUCAGAAAAUGGGUGUAGGGAAGCUUGAGAUGUAUGUGCUUAAUCCUUCAAAGAACAGCAAGGAGAUGCAGCACUUUAUGAAGCAGUGGACAGGUAGUGAAAAAGACACAGCUUCUAUUUUACUGCCAAACGGAAAAGAGUCUCAGUUCCCUGUCAAUCAUUUGACGUCUAUCUCUUCGCUCAUUGUCUGGCACCCUGCUAAUCCCGCAGAUAAGGUAGUGCGUGUUCUCUUUCCUGGAAAUACCACCCAGCGCCACGUCUUUGAAGGUUUAGAGAAGCUAAAGCACUUGGAGUUCUUGAAGCAGCCAGUUGUCACUCAAAAAGCAAUGUCUUCUAAUAUGCCGUCAACGCCGACGCUAAAGCAAGCAAAGAUGAAAUACAGAACAGACAGCAAAGAGAGCCUGAAGUCUACCCCAAAGCCAUCACCAAGCAGGAGCAUCAGAAAGGAUUCAAAGGAGGAAACACCAGAGAAAGCAAAGACAGAGGCAGAAUCCACUCAUGAAAAAACACAAAAGACAGAGAAAAAAGAAAAGGUCCCACUGAAAAAGGAAAAAGCAAAGGCACCUGAGAAAGAAUCAAAAGCAAAGAUUGAGCAAUCAGUACAGAAUGAAACUCCUGAAAAGAAGAAGCCUGAAAUAAAGCCCAAGGCUGAAAAGGAAAGGACAAUUAAGAAGGAGGCCAAAAUUUCAGUGGAAAAGAAAAAGGAGGUUAAAAAAGAAGUGGCAAAGAAGGAUGAUAUUCUCAAACAAGAAAGUAAAAAAGAAGAAAAAGUGAAGAAAGAGGACACAAAGAAAGUUCCAAAGAAAGACUUCAGAAAAGAGUCACCUAUGAAGGAGAAGAAGGAAGAAAAGAAAGAGCUAAAGAAAGAUGUCAAAAGGCCCUCAAAAGACAUAAAAAAGCCUGAAGAAAGGAUGGCAGCACCUAAACCAAAGCCCCUGAAAAAAGACGAUGCCUCAAACAAAUUUGCAGGGACACCGUCAAAGUCAAAAGAGAAAGGGAAACCUAAGGUUUCAAAGAAAGAGACAAAGGUUGGUAGUGGCAAACUUGCAGCCAGUGCUGCUGCUGUUCCUGCUGUUGCUGCUGUUGCUGCAGUUGCUGCAGUUGCUGCUGCUGCUGUUGCGAAUGAUCCUGAAGCAGAAAGAUCUCUGAUGUCCUCACCAGAGGACCUUACCAAGGACUUUGAUGAGCUCCAAACUGAAGAGUUCACAACAGACGAUGCGACGGUGCAACAAAAUCAGAAAGAAGAGACUGUGAUGAUCCACCAUGAAGAGAUAAUACAGACCAAAGAGUCACCUGAGGCCUUGGAGUCUUUGGACGAGGGUAUAACCACAACAGAGGCCGAGGGAGACAGUGGAGUGACCCCAGAGGAGCAAGUUCUCAAGGUAAAACUCAACGAAUAUCCAAGUGAGAAGUUUGAAGAUGAGGGCACUGUGAUGGAGGAGACGUCUGAAGGAGGAGAUUAUGAAGAGAAGGGAGAGACAGAGGAAGUUCAUGAACCCCAGAGAAUGGAAUUAGAUAAUGACAAACUUACUCCCAGUGAAGAGGAACACAGAGACAGACCCGAUGAAGUCAAACCAGUGGACGGUGUUCAAGACAAUGAUGAUGUGAUGAAUAAAAAUGUAGAGGAUUCACUCAUGAAUGAAAGACAAAGAGAGAAACAGAAUCUGUUUGAACCAGCCUUACCCAAAGUGUCCUCGCCUGUUUCUCCAGCCGCAUCAAUCCAUGAUGAAAUGCCUCCAGUUGGCUUCGAGAGCUCAACGGCCUCAGACGAUGAGUACCAAGAUGAAGCCCCUGAGGUGUACACCGUCACUCAGUCCACCAUCAAGAUCUCCAGUGUGCCUACUACCAUAGAUGAGAUGUUGACUCCUAGGGACGUUAUCAGCAAUGAAACCACCAAUAAAGAGGCAGAAUCUCCUCCACAGGAUAGCGACAGGUUUGUGACUUCCGUCACUGGAGAGUAUGAUAGGAAGAAGAUUUCUCCACUCCAGGAUAUGCCAGGAUCAGAUCGCUCUCAUAGUGAUGCCACAGAAGGCCAAGACUACAACCACUCUGCUUCCACGAUAUCUCCACCUUCACCGCUAGAAGAGGAUAAAUUCUACAAGGGCUUUGCCUCAGCAGGAAAAGCUGAGCAGUAUGACACAGUUCAAGAGUCAUUUGAGAAGCAUGAUGCAGAUCUAACAGGACUCAGUUCAACCUCCACAACAACACCUCUUGUUCGUUCUCCCUCAGUCGACCGGAAGGAUACAUUUGAUUCCCUGUCACUUUUUGCUGCUCCAAUCGAAUUGUCCACCACACUGACAGGGUGCACCCAAGCAACAGCAGAAUCUGUCAGCCCAGAUGACAAGACACUGGAAGGAGCUAACUCGCCUCAGUCCUCUGGUCACACUCCUUAUUAUCAGUCACCAGUAGAUGAAAAAGCAGCAGGUGUACCACCUGUCUCAGAAGACAAAGCACAGGGUCCAAUAAUUGUGGAGCUCACAAGUGAUAAAGAAGAUUCCUCCAACAGAGAUACCCCAGAGCCUUAUGAGCCAGAACAAGAAAUGUGCUCACCUGUAGAGAGGGUGGCAUCAUCUCCAAAAAGCCAAUCUCCAACUGAACCCGAUUCCCCAACCAAGAAGGAUACAUCACCAUUUGAUUUAGAUCCUAAGAAGAUUGGAGAAAACAGCUAUUCAAUGUUGUCCUCGGCACCACCGACCAAACAUGAUUUAGACACCAAUCCCUUUACCGCGGCCAAAGAAGAGAGCAAAAUGUCUAUUUCAGAGGGAACCACAUCAGACAAAUCAGGAUCCCCUAUGGAGGAAGUGGUAGCAGAAGACUUGUUCUCACAUUUAGCUUCAGCAUCCACUGCCUCGCUGGCCACCAGCUCCUUUCCAGAGCCGACCACCGACUCUCCUUCCCUUCAUGCUGAGGUAGGCUCUCCUCAUUCUACAGAAGUGGAUGACUCACUGUCUGUCUCUGUGGUUCAGACACCAACCCCCUUCCAUGAGGCUGAGGGAUCUCCAUCCAAGGAAGAUAGCCCCAGGCCCAUGUCAAUCUCCCCAGACAACUCACCGAAGUCAAAAAGCAGAACACAAAAUCAGGAUAUGAAAUCCCCAGAGCACUCAACCAUGUCCAUUGAAUUUGGCCAGGAUUCCCCUGACCACUCCUUAGCCCUGGACUUUAGCAAGCAAUCCCCAGAACAGGGGAUUGCUUGCACGGCAUCUGUGGUCAGCAGCUCACAUCCUACAGAGAAUGGUCCAACUGAGGUGGAAUACAGCCCCUCAGAGGGUACAGAUGUGAGACCACCUGGAGAAUCUAGCUCCCCAGUGGAGCAGCCUUUAGUUUUUGAAGCCGUUGAUGUCCGUGCCACUUCUGCAACCCCAUCAGAUGCAUCUCAGUCCACACCCUCUGUUACAACCCCAUGUCAAAUGGCUGAGAUACUACAUAACAUGGCUGAGCAGAGAGACAAGUCUCCACUCACCCCCAAGGCAUCCUCUCUCACAGAGUCUCCCCAUUCCACUGAGCUAUCCCCAGUUAUAGGAGGUCCACGGGCAAAGGACAGCACCAGCCCAAUUUCACCAUCUGUGGAGAGCAUUUCUAAUAGAUGUGACACACAGCAGAAAUACGACAAGUCACCCUCACCUCCCAAAGCUAGUUCUCCAUCUUCAUCAUUUUCCCUCUCAAAAGAGGAGACACCUUCCCCAGCAAAGGAGACAAAUCCAUUUAAAUGUGAUGAUUCUACACACGGAGCAAUAUCCCCUGUGGGCCCCAAACCUCCUACCCCAUCCUACCUACCACUAUCCUCUGAUCUGUAUAAUUAUAACUCAGCCUGUGGGUCAAGGGACCCCGACACCACGAAGAGAAGCCCCUCCGCUGCAUCUAAGACGGAUGUUGACCUCUGCCUAGUCCCUUCAUGUGAAUACCGUCACCCCAAGACAGAACUAUCCCCAUCUUUUAUGAACCCUAACCCUGUGGAGUACUUCAUUAAUGAAGAGAACGUCUCAGAUGAGGAGAAGCCUUUGGCCAAGUCAGGAGGAGGGCCCCCACCUCCAGAGGGUAAGCUUCCCACCAAGCAAUGUGAGGAGACCCCACCAACAUCCAUCAGUGAAUCUGCCCCCUCCCAGACAGAUUCAGAUGUUCCACCAGGGACAGAGGAGUGCCCCUCUAUUACAGCAGAUGCUAACAUUGACUCUGAAGACGAUUCUGAGACAUUGCCUACUGACAGAACCCUGACCUACAGGCAUGCCGAUCCUCCUCCAGUGGCUUUCAGGGACUCCGCUCCAUCCUCGGGCCCCCAUGAUGUCUGUAUGGUGGACCCAGAAGCCCUCAAGGCUGAAGAAAAUCUCCACAAUGCGAACACAGAGGGAGGCGAAAAACCCAAGAAGAAAAAACUCACAAAAAAGUCUUCAUCACCAGCCAGGAAGAGUACUCUGACAAAAAUCAAGGACACCAAGACUGCCUCUCCAAAGAAGUGUGUCGGAGAGGGAAAAGAUGCCAAAAACGCAACAAACACCUCUGCGUCCAGAGGUGUGAAAAGUGCCACGUCAGGUGCUGGCAUUGGGAAGGCAUCAGGUGCGGCAUCUCAGCCGAACUGUCCUCCAAUGUUCAUGGAUUUGGUUUACAUACCCAAUCACUGCAAUGCCAAGAAUGUGGAUGCUGAGUUCUUUAAGCGGGUGCGCUCCUCUUACUAUGUGGUCAGUGGCAAUGAUCAGACUGCUCAGGAGCCCAGUAGGGCUGUCCUUGAUGCUCUGCUGGAAGGAAAGGCCCAGUGGGGAAACAGUAUGCAGGUCACCCUGAUUCCAACCCACGACACCGAUGUGAUGAGGGAGUGGUACCAGGAGACCCACGACAAGCAGCAGGAGCUGAACAUCAUGGUCCUGGCCAGCAGCAGCACAGUCGUCAUGCAGGAUGAGUCCUUCCCGGCUUGUAAGAUAGAGAUGUAAGACCUGUUCUGCACGAGAUCUGUGGAGCAGGAGACCAAGUGAUAAUGAGAAAUCUAUGUAGCAUAAAAACCCAAGCAGACACUUAACAAACAGCAUAUGCUAGAAUGAUACUUCUUGUGCCCUAUAUCAUCGAACCUUAAAUAUCUGAACUGAGGAUUACCUAACAGAAAUUAGCGUUGAGGGACUCCAUACAAAGUAGAAUGA